UCACAACCUAUAAUGAUAACGCGUCUGGUUCCAAACAAACCGUUAUCACGGUUCAUUCCAUAAGAAAUACAUUGCCCGUUAAUUUUUUUUGAUUCAUUUGGUUUUUUAACUAUUUUAAAUUGUUUUUUUAUUUUUUAAACCCAUCUUAUAGUUUUGUGUGCAUAAGAAACUCAAGGUCUAUUAAUUAUGGUCAACUGCUGGGCACCCCAUUGUUCACACAAUUCCGUCAAAGAAUCGUGUUCUUUUUUUCGUUUUCCGACAGAUGUGACACUACGAAAUUCUUGGGCGAAUUUAGUUAGGAGGGCAGAUUCCAUUCCUAAUAAUAAUAGUCGAUUGUGUAGUUGCCAUUUUAAAGAUGGGUUAAAAGAAAAUAGUCCGUCCAUAUUUGCUUGGAAUGAAAACAAAUUAAUGUAUUUUGUUUCUCCCGAAAAACGUAAAAGGACAUCUCAUAGGCUUUUAUUGAUAUUUUAA